UCUCUGUUCUCUGUGAAUAGGAGGGGAGAUGCUGGAUUCGGGAGAAGGUCCGCCAUUAUUGGGAAGCCGAAAAAAAUAGACUUAAACACACCGUCACACAUUUAGCCUGUACGGGGCUUAACAUUAGAAAGGAAAAUUGUACUGUUUCCGUCGAUCUGUUGUCCAGUGAAUGCACCGCGGGUGUUAAUGAAGGCAAACCUCGACAACGCUUUUCUUACGGACUCUUUUAUUUUUGACACAACAAAGGAAAUAAUAAUUGGUCAAAACAACGUGGUGGUGAACCAAGAAGGAAAAACACACUGAAACAGCGCUUUCCAACGCCUCCCCCUUUUCUCCUCGCAAGACAUUUCUAGCCGUGGUGAAAAGCCUGGAGUUUGGACAGCAUUUUUUUUUCUUUUCCUGAGGAGAAUUUACUUGUUUUUUUUCCUCCUUUAGUGAUAAUGCAUCUCGUUUUGGAAAACUUCAGACACAUGAAAAUGAGCACUUAAUGUGUGAAGCGAUAGACAGACAGGCUGUGUACAGAAAAAGUCAUCGAUGUGAGUGUUUGUAGGGAGUGUUUUUUUUUUUUUUUGUCUGUUUUUUAAAGUCUUUCACCGGCUGUGAGUCGCAGAGGACCGGAGAGAGAAAGAAAGGAGUGGACGGAGCUGGAGAGACGGGGGAAUGCUAUGGGCCAGACCCCAGCCCAGUGAGCUCCUGUGCAUGGAAACCCUCCUUCCUUGGCAGGCUCCUCCUCUCCCUAGAGCUUGAGGCCAGCAUGGCAGGAUGAGCCUCUGCCAGCGAUGAUGAUGACCAAAAAGCAAGAUGUCCGGGCACCCACCUACAACCUGGUCGUGGUUGGGCUGUCCGGCACGGAGAAGGAGAAGGGCCAGUGUGGUGUGGGCAAGUCCUGCCUGUGUAACCGAUUUGUCCGGCCAAGUGCAGAUGACUUCUAUCUAGACCACACCUCGGUUCUCAGUACCAGUGACUUUGGAGGGCGGGUGGUGAACAAUGACCACUUCCUGUUCUGGGGAGAGGCGGGCCGAGCGAUGGAGGAGGGGCCAGAGUGCCGUAUGAAUGUGGUGGAGCAGACGGAGUUCAUUGAUGAUCAGACAUUCCAGCCACACCGAAGCACAGCACUGCAACCUUACAUCAAACGGGCAGCAUCUACCAAGUUGGCCUCAGCUGAAAAGUUGAUGUAUUUUUGCACAGAUCAGUUGGGGCUGGAACAGGACUUUGAACAGAAACAAAUGCCCGAAGGCAAGUUGAUGGUGGAUGGCUUCUUACUCUGUGUAGAUGUUAGCAGGGGUAUGAACCGUAGUUUUGAGGACCAGAUGAAGUUUGUCACAAACCUCUACAACCAACUAGCCAAAACAAAGAAGCCUGUGGUCUUAGUUCUCACCAAAUGUGAUGAAGGAGUUGAGCGCUACAUUAAAGACUCGCACACCUUUGCCCUAGCUAAGAAGAAUCUGCAGGUAGUAGAAACAUCAGCACGCUCUAAUGUCAAUGUUGAUCUAGCUUUUCUAACACUGGUUCAGCUCAUAGACAAGAGUAGGGGAAAGCCCAAAAUUAUCCCUUACUUUGAGGCACUGAAACAGCAGAGUCAACAGAUUGCCUCAGCCAAAGACCGCUAUGAGUGGUUGGUCAACCGAAUUGUGAAGAACCACAAUGAGACAUGGCCCAGUGUCAGUCGCCGGAUGCAGUCUGCCCCUGAAUACAAGGAGUAUGUUUUUCUUGAAGGAACAGCUAAAGCCAAGAAGCUCUUCCAGCAGCACGUGCAUAGACUUAAACAAGAGCAUAUAGAGAAGCGUAGGAAGGCUUAUCUUAGCACUCUGCCACAGGCUCUGUCUAUACUGUUGCCAGAGUUGGAUGAGAUAGACCACCUGAGCUGGUCAGGAGUCCAGAAAGUCUUGGAAACAAAGAGAGAUUUCUCUCAGUGGUUUGUGGUGUUAGAUGACACCCCUUGGGAGACCACAUCACAUAUUGAUAACAUGGAAGAUGAUCGAAUCCCUCAAGACCUCUUGGAGACCCCUUCAGCUGAAGCUAUCUAUGAGACCCACCUAGAGCAGCUACGAAAUGAGCGCAAACGGGCUGAGAUGAGAUGGGAUUUCAAGGAGAAGCUAAGUGUCUCUCCAUUCAUUACACCAGGGAAACCCUGGGAGGAGGCCCGAAGCUUCAUAAUGAAUGAAGACUUCUACCAGUGGCUGGAUGAGGCUGAAUAUUUGGAUAUAUACAACAAACACCAGAAGGAAAUCAUUGACAGAGCCAAAGAGGACUUUCAGGAACUACUUCUUGAGUACUCUGAGCUCUUUUAUGAGCUGGAAGUAGAUGCAAAGCCAAGUAAAGAGAAAAUGGGAGCUAUUCAGGAGGUGCUGGGUGAGGAACAAAGGUUUAAAGCUCUGCAGAAGCUGCAAGCAGAAAGGGAUGCUCUAGUUUUGAAACAUAUCCACUUUGUAUACCACCCAACAAAAGAUACAUGUCCCAACAACCCCCAUUGUGUGGACAGUAAGAUAGAGCAGAUACUGGCCUCCAGAUUCCCUACCCGCUACCCAUCAUCAGACAGUUCAAGACUGGAAGGAGGGAGGGCUGAACGGAUAAAUCUUGUCAUUCUAGGGAAGGAUGGGCUAGCCAGAGAAAUGGCAAAUGAAAUAAGGGCAUUGUGCACCAGUGAUGACCGGUACGUGUUAGAUGGCAAAAUGUAUGAGUUAGCUCUUCGUCCCAUUGAGGGCAAUGUACGUUUGCCAGUAAAUUCAUUCCACACACCAACCUUUACACCCCAUGGCUGCCUCUGUUUAUACAACUCAAAGGAAUCCCUCUCUUAUGUUGUAGAAAGUAUAGAAAAACUAAGGGAGUCCACCAUAAGCAGAAGGGAAAGGGAUAACAGUUUAGCCCAGCUCCCUCUGUCCCUCCUACUGGUCACCAAGCGAGGGGUGGGGUCCAUAGGGGAUAUUGGGGGGGAGACAGCCCAGAUUCUUAUCCAACAAGGGCAGCAGGUGGCUGGAAAACUGCAGUGCGCUUAUCUAGACCCUGCCUCCCCUGGCAUGGGCUAUGGACGCAAUGUCAGUGAGAAGCAAAUCAAUCAGAUGCUCAAAGGUCUCUUAGAGUCACGGCGAAGCAUAGGGAGCAGCUCCCCUCCCUUACCCCCUCCCUCCUCGGCCUUCAGAGACUCUCAGUCCCAACCCAGUCUCGAAGCAGACCUGCGCAUUGUCAUGUGCCUGAUGUGUGGAGACACAUUUGACCUAGACCAACUCCUUGCUCCUUUUCUGUUGCCCCAGCAUUGUCGUCCUACUUCCAGCCUCAGUAGUGGUACCUCUGUUCUGCUGGAUCUCAGUGUUGGAGGUCAGAGGCAGAAUAUUGAGUUGUCCCUGCUCUCCUUCCAUUCCUCAUUCUCCCUCCGCAAGACCAGGCUGGUCCAUGGCUACAUUGCAGUCUAUUCUGCUCGCCGCAAGGCUUCUAUGGAGACAUUAUGUGCUUUCCUAUGUGAGGUCCAAGAUAUCAUCCCAGUCCAGUUGCUAGCAGUCGGGGAGAGCCAGAUGGAGCUGUCAGACUCAGAGUCAGCUAAGGAGCAAGUGAAUCAGGGUGAAGAACUGGCCCAUGAAAUAGAGGCCAGGUUCAACACAGUAAUAUGCGGACAUGGUGGAGUAGUAGGGGGGCUUCAUAAGAUAGACCUUUUUCAAUCCUUCCUCAAAGAAGUGGUAGAGAAGCGGACAAUUGUUGAAGCCACACACAUGUAUGACAACGUGGCUGAAGCGUGCACCAAUGAGAGCGUAAGCCCUCGCUGUGGCUCUCCCAGUCCAGUUAACAUUCUUGUUGACUCAGAGGAUGAUAUUGAUCCAUCACCCCCCUACCCUCCCCUGACAGAGGUUGGUAGUCUCAGCUCCCACCUGGGAAGCUUCAAGCUCCCAGAUUUGGAUUCAAGUGAUACCUUCUCUGUCAUUUCUGAGAUCAGCACCUUUGAGAGCAAGCUAAACAAUAAGGUUCCACCACAAGUCAAGCCCAAGCCUGUCCGUAAGGUCAACCUUGGCCCCUACAUGGAUCAGCAGGGUGGCACUAACCGCCGCUCAUUGCCUCAAGCGGUCACCUGGGCACCAGGAAGUGACGGAGGCUAUGACCCCUCAGAUUAUGCAGAGCCUAUGGAUGCUGUGAGCAAACCUCGGCCAACAGAGGAGGAGAAUAUUUACUCUGUGCCUCAUGACAGCACACAGGGUAAGAUUAUCACCAUCCGCAAUGCCAACAAGGGCCAUUCAAAUGGAAGUGCUGGUGGUAAUGGGUCAGACAGUGAGGCCGAUAGCAGUUCUUUAGAGCGAAGGAGAAAGCUCUCAGCCAUCGGGGUGAAACCUAAGCUUUAUAGAGACCGAUCCAAACGGCUUGGCAAGUUCAGUAGCUUCAGGACAAGCUUCUCGAUAGGCAGUGAUGAUGAGAUGGGGGGUCCACCCAAGGCUAGCCAGGAUGAAGGAGGAGCCCAAAAGGACAACUCCAUUGAAGAGAGUGAGGACCCCAAACGCAGAAAUAUCCUCAAGAGCCUGCGCAGAAAUACAAAGAAACCACGACCCAAACCAAGACAUUCCAUUUCAAAACCCAUCGAGAGCAACUACUUUGGCAUGCCACUGUCCACUGUGGUCAGCCCUGAGAGGCCAAUCCCAGUCUUCAUUGAGAAGUGUAUCCGUUUCAUUGAAACAACAGGCUUGAGCACAGAGGGCAUCUACAGGGUCAGUGGGAACAAAGCAGAAAUGGAGAGCAUGCAGCGGCAAUUUGACCAAGACCAUAACCUGGACUUAGUGGAAAAAGACUUCACCAUCAAUACAGUAGCUGGAGCCAUGAAGGCCUUCUUCUCUGAGCUACCUGAGCCUCUGGUGCCCUACAGCAUGCAGGGAGAGCUGGUGGAGGCCUUCAAGAUCAACGAUAGAGAGCAGCGCUUCCAGACGAUGAAGGACGUUCUGCGCCGCUUCCCCAAGGAGAAUUACGAGGUCUUCAAAUAUGUCAUCAGCCACUUGAACAAGGUGAGCCAGAACAACAAGUUGAACCUGAUGACUAGUGAGAACCUGUCCAUCUGUUUCUGGCCCACACUGAUGAGACCGGAUUUCACCACCAUGGAUGCCCUGACCGCCACGCGCACCUACCAGACAAUCAUCGAGAGCUUCAUCCAUCAGUGUGCAUACUUCUUCUAUAAUCAGCCUCUGGCUGACGGCCUCCCUGGCUCACCCACCUCUACACUCAGCUCCAGUGGAGGAACUUCAGCCUAUUCCUGCAUGGCCGGAGGAUAUUCUUCCUCACCAACUCCGUCCCCGACCCCCUACGUCCUCCCUGCCACCCCUCCUGUUAUUCCUCACUAUGGUCCUCCUAUCCACCAUCACCACCACCACCACCAUCAUCAUCAUCAAUCCCCACCACACUCUCCACCUCCUACCCCUCAGUCCCCGAUCCCAGCCCUGUUGCCGCCCUCUCUUCACCCCCAUCACCCCCCGACGGAACAACACACGCUGUGAAACAGGGAUCAAGGGAAAGAGAAGGAAAAAAAAACUACAAUGACAAGAUUUAUGGGAGAAUUGAGGGUUUAGAAAAAGACAUUUUGAAGUUUUGGAAGGAAAAAAGAAGAUAACUGAAAUGAGAACAGAAAGUAGGAAGAGAAUUUGGGAGAUAUUAAGUGAGAUGCAGUAUGUUUAGGGAGAAACCGACAUGAUUGGGAGAAGGAGGCAUUUGAGCCUCUGUCGCUUAUAUAAAAAUGGACGCACGCACAAGACAGAAAAGGGGAACACUGAAGAGACUGGCCAUUUGAUCUUUCUCCCUCCUCGCCACUUUAUCCCUUUGCCUCUCAGUCUCACUUCAUCUAGACCUGCCCUCCUUGCCUUAUAGAGAAUCUACACAAAUACACAAAUGAAGAGUGAGAUUUUGCCAGUAACUGUUAAAAGGACUCAGGGAGGGACUCAUAAGUUUAGCGCAGGGGGAAUGUGAACUCUGUUAUGUUGGAAUUUGUCCACCACACACAAAUAAACACACACUUGACACACACUCAGUGGCCAGUGUGCCUCCAACAACAACCCUCCUCAAUCCCUUAGCCUCUAACUUUGCUGGAAACUUUGGUGGCCGGCACACCUUUUGUGAACAGAACCUGGAGGCUGUGGCUGGGACAAAGUGGAGCAAAGAGUGAUUUCUGUUUGUUUAUUUCACCACUGUACAGAAGACUUAAGGAAAAGACAUGUUACUGCUCACCCAACAGGAUGUUCUGUCCUCUGCGACUCACACAUUCCUAUCUAUCAAUCCCUCACACAGGCAAAACACUCAGUGCAUGCAGACAGUUGAGGCAGUAUGCCAAGCACAGACAAAAAAAAAAAGAAAAAUCUCAACCGACUAGAUCUGCUGGGCAGCAGAUUGGAGCAAAGCAUCAUGGGUCCUCUCACACCCUUGUCAUUCUAGGACCUCCCAGUCUGUUGUUUUCUCUCUCAAUCUAUUUGAACUUCAUCCUUGUAAAAAGUGCAGAACCUGAAAAGUGAAGUUUUGUAAUUGAUCAAAUCCUGAUUCACCUCCAUAUCCCAUUCAGUUCACUGCCCAAAUGUGGUUUUAUGUUCUCUCAUCUACUUUUGAUUCACUUUUACAUUUGAGGAAAUCUUGAAAAAUGAAGAACCUGGCCCGUCAGUCAGCAAACAGCCUUGUGUGUGUGUUUAUGUAAGCCUGUAUCAUGCCUUUUCGUUGUACCUGAAUUUCCCCUGUGUUAGGGAGAUAGUGGGAAUAAUUCCAGUGUUGGACCUUCACUUGUCAUGUUCCUUCUUUCAUGCUGUGGUGGUUUUACAAGAGAGUCGGUGCUGCAGUUUUCGUAGUAAGGACCUUGUUCAAAAGCACUUUCCUGAGCACUUUGAAGGCACAGUUUAAAUUGGAGCUGCCAUGACAUGACAGCCACUGUUCACUUUAUUGUCAGUCAGUCCACCCUACUCUCGAUCUCUCUCUCUCUGGGAGCACACCACUGACAUCUAGAGGAAGAAAGGGGUAUUGCAGCUCACUUCCACUACUGCAUGGGCGUAGCACUAUUUUCCCACUGUGGUUUUUGUAACGUCAGAUUCUCUUAAUGGAUUUAUCUGCAUUGUAUACCAGGAGAAAUGAACUUUCUCCUGAAGAGUGUAAAUAAAAAGAACAACUUACUGUUUUAACUUUGGCACAAAUGAGUUGAGAUUAUAAAGGUCCAGACCAUGUAGCCACUAGGUAUGUGGCCACAUGGGAGAUGAUUAGACAUGCAGUGAAUAAAAUUGCUUCUGUUUCUUUCUGUUGUUAGUUUUUACAUCCCUGUGGACACCAAAUCACUCUGUCUUUCUAAAGGAGUGCAUGCCCGCUUUCCAGUUUUCAUAAUGAAGAAGCUGAGACAUUAGGCCACAAAGUUAAGAACUGAAAGCGGGGCUCAGUUUGACAGGUGGGAGGCUUUUUAUCAUCGGAAAUAAUUGGCAGCCACCAUUUCAGGCCUCACCAUGCUAUCCUCUUAGGGCACAGCAUUAUGCCUCUGGAAAGGAGUCUCAAUCCUGUUCUUGGUGGACUAGAAAUAUAAUUUAACCACUAUAACAGACAACCCCUGCUGUCACUGUUACGCCACCGCAUGCCCUAGUCAUUCCCUGUCCAAGAGACGGUUGGGUUUUGAAGAGACGGCAGAAAGAACAGACAGUCCAUUCAUCCGUCUGCAUGUCUGGAAUGGAGCAUCACAGAAUUCCUCAGCCUAGCCUGCUGUUACCGUAGAAACCAGCAAGAUGGAGCUUGAGGAGAAUUGCUGAGCUCUGAUUGAAGUAGCCUUUAAAAUGUGUAUGCAUUUGUGCACAUACGCGUCUCUCCGUGAGCUCCAGAAAGCAUGUAAACUUCAGCGAAUUAAUGUUGCCAAGUCUCACCAAGGUCACUUCCUGUGUUUGACACUGAAUUGUAUCCCUGCAUGUCUCUCCAGACUGUCCUCUCUGCCCAAAAGGAAAUGAAAAAAAAACCUUUUAACCAAUCACUGAACUCUCAGAAGAGCUUUUAUCAGUCUACACUACCUAUUUACCUUGUGUGUGGGUGUAUGCGUGUGUGAUAGAUGAUAGACUUGGAGUGUGUGUUUGGGUGGGUGGGUGGGUGGGUGUGAGGUAACAUGCUAGCGUGCUGUGCUUGGCAGAUGGCCAGACACCAGCAUGAUCCACACAAACGUGAAGGAGAGGAAUGCAGUUUUCCUUGCAGUCAUUACCCCUGUGUUUAACCCUGUUUGCUCAUCUAGGUUACACACACUGAUCCUCGGAAAAAAGUGUGAAGGGAGACGAGGAGAGUGAGAGUGAGGGAAGACAGACAGCAAACGGGUGAAUGGCAUCAUUAUUUGGGAGAUGGAGGGAGGAAGGAUGGGUGACCACUGGUACUUGUGUGUGAACAGCGACCAGUGGCGUCCCCUGUGUAUAUCAAUGUGUUAAUACUGAACUGACUGUGAGGCAGCCAAAGACUGGGGGAAAAAAGGGUAGAGAGAAAGAUGGGAAGCAAAGUGACAGUUUAGAAGAACAAUUGAAAUUAAAAAUGUGACUUUGGUUCAGCGAUAUGUGGCUGCAAUGAUUUUUUUUUUUUUUUGGGGGGGGGGGGGGGGGGUUGUUUUGUUUUUUUGUUCUUUUUUGCAACAAUGGUGACAGAUGUCUGUUAAGUUAAAAUGAGAAGCAAACAAAAGUAUAUUCAAAUGGUUGUUUAUUGGUAUGUUAGGGGGUCUAACACAUUGCCCUUUAGUCAGUGGUGAUAGAGAAAAACUUUCUUUUUAUGUUUUAUUUUAAUAAUUAAAAAAAUACAAAGCGUUUUUUUAACAAUUUCUUUGUGAACGAUUGAGAGACCAGCCCAGUAUAGUGCAUGAUUUCUUCCCAACCAAGGAAGAGGGCUCCACCACUCUCACUAUUUAAGAGAUAAUAAAAAAAAAAAAAUAUUAAGAAAUAAUGGGAGGAAAGAAAAUAAGAAAAAAAAUAAAUGAAGUACUGUAAACUAAAAAAAACAACAUCAAACAAAAAAAAACUGUCAUUAUUUGCUGAGUAUGGUAAUUUGUCUCAAUGGGAAUGGUGUAUACAGCAAGGCCUUAUGUGAUCUGUAUCAUAGUUAAUAAAUCAAAUCUUGUAAAA